UGUGUAGAGGUAGAAGAGGAGGUAGUAGAGGAAGUAGAGGUGGCCCCAGAGGCGGCCCCUGAGCCAGAGGCUGAGCCUGAGCCAGAGCCAGAACCAGAGCCUGAGGUAGAACCAGAGCCAGAACCAGAGCCUGAGCCUGAGCCUGAAGACGCCGUUGAAGAGGAAGAGGAGAAGCCCAAGUUCAAGCCCAGCGCUCCCAAGAUCCCCGAUGGUGAGAAAGUGGACUUUGAUGACAUCCAGAAGAAACGUCAGAACAAGGAUCUGAUCGAGCUGCAGGCUCUGAUCGAUGCUCACUUCGAGUGCAGGAAGAAGGAAGAGGAGGAGCUGAUCGCACUCAAGGAGAGAAUCGAGAAGCGUCGUGCUGAGAGGGCCGAGCAACAGAGGGUCCGUGCUGAGAAGGAGAAGGAGCGCCAGGCCAGACGUGAGGAGGAGAGGCGGAUCAAGGAGGAGGCUGACGCCAAGAAGAAGGCAGAUGAUGAGGCCAAGAAGAAGUCGGCUCUGUCCAACAUGGGCUCCAACUACAGCAGCCACCUGCAGAGAGCCGACCAGAAGAGAGGAGGCAAGAAAGAAACCGAGAGAGAGAAGAAGAAGAAGAUCCUGGCCGCUAGACGCAAGCAGCUCAACAUUGACCAUCUGAACGAAGACAAGCUGAAAGACAAGAUCAAUGAGCUGCAUGAAUGGAUGUGCCAGCUGGAGAGCGAGAAGUUCGACCACAUGGAGAGACUGAAGAGGCAGAAGUACGAGGUUACAACCCUGCGUAAGAGAGUGGAGGAGCUCAGUAAAUUCAGCAAGAAGGGAGCCGCCGCCCGCCGCAGAAAGUAGAGCGUCUGUUCAGACACCACGCUGCCAUUUACUCGGCAAAGCGCCUGAUGAAGCAACACACACUUUGGCGAAGUUUGUAUCUCGGAAGUCAUCGGUAACCCUCAGGAUCACACUGCGGUUACGUCACCACUUCCAGUCACGUGACUCCAGAAGCGUUUAGCAACUGUGCAAUAGGAAUAAAAAAAGAAACCAUUGAAACUGAUUGGCCGUCAUGCUUCCUCGAACCUUGGCUGUUUGGUUCUCAGUAUUUUUGUAAAUAAAAUGUCACUCUUCAAGCCA